AUGAAGCUCCAGAAAGCUUUAGAAUCUCAGAAAGCUCCAAAUCUCACUCUAUCCGAUUAAAUAUUGAACGAAGAGGGUUGUGUUGUUGUAGCCUAAUUUUUGGCUCAAAAUACACAAUUCAUUAACAUUGAACUAAGAGGAUGCAAUAUAAAUGGAAGAGGAUUUGAAAGAAUUUGCAGAUCAAUAAGUCCAGACGCAAGAACUCUGAUCGCUGAAUGGAAUGCUAUAGGUGGAGGUGUGGGUGCUUUGUGUGAUUUAUUGAUGAACCCAUCAUACCAAUUGCAAUUAGUCGAUCUAAAGAACAACAGAAUACAAGCAGAUCAUUGUGCCAGAAUAUGUUAAAUGUUAAAGCAAAAUACAUCCUUAUAAUCAUUGAAUUUAAAAUGGAACGAAAUUGGAGAAAAAGGAGCUCAAUACUUAUUAGAAGGACUCAAUGGCAAUAGAAAUUUAAAAUUUCUGGAUGUCUCUUGCAAUAAGAUACCCGAAGGAUUAGCAACAUAAAUCAGAGAGAGAAUUGAGUAGAAUAGAUCAACAGAUUUGAUGGCUAAAAACUCAACAGGCAUCAAGGAAUCGCAGAGAAAUGCCUAUUAGCCUGUUAAAACUAUGCCAAAAACUGCAGCUACAACCAACAUACCUGAUAAUAGAGCUGUCAAAAAAAAUGAUGCUAUUAGGGUUGCUCAAUUGAAAGAAUAAAUUGAUUAGGAAUUAAGAUAGAAUAGAUUAAUGAAUGAAGAACUUACGAAUAGGAUGAAUGCCUUAAGAUAAGAGAUCCUAUCCAAAGAGCAGGCUGUCAGUAUGGCUAAAAGACAUUUUGAAGAGGAAGUGACCAGAAAAUCUAUAAUUGAAGCCGAAUACACUUAAGUUAAACGAUAAUUUGAUGAACUUGGCAAGGCGAGUGAUUAUAGAUAAUAAGAAGUAAUGAAUGAAUAUGUGGCCAAAAAUAAACAUGUGUUGGCUUUGGAAAAUGAAUAUAUGCAUGAGUUAUCAUAGAUCAGACAUGACAAUAAGUUGUAAAUUGAUCAAAUUAAUUCUAAUUGGUAACCUAGAUUAGAUGGAAUCCAGAGCAAAUUUAAUUCAUUAAUGAAGGCCAAUGAUCAAUACAAUCAAUAGUUAUUAAGAAUGAAGGAAUUCUUUUUGAAAAUGAGAUUAGAUCACGAUGAGAAUGUUAAGGCUGUUGAAGGUAGGCUACUUAUAGAAGAAAAAGCUAAAUAUAAUCAUUAAACUGAAUUGUUGAAGAAGAAGGAGAUGGAAUAAUAGCAGUCAUUGAAAAGAGCUGAAAAUGAAAGUCAGUCCAUUUAGGAUGAUAUGUAAAGAUUAGAAACCAAUUUAACUAGAGAUAGAUAAUUAAUUGAGGAAUAAAUAUAGUAGGAAAGGGAAAAGGUUCAUCAAACGCAUCUACAAAUUAGCAAGAGAAGUAUUAAACAGGAAAAAUUGAUAAAUAAUAACAUCGUUUUAGACCAUCACAUUGAUAAUCUAAUUAAAAAAAUAGACGAAACUUUCUUCAUCUUGAACAUUUAAAAGGAUAGAGGAAUGGAUGAUAUUUAAUAAAGAAGAUUGCUAUAAGAAAGAUAAUAUGCUUUGCAUAAGACUAAUUUGUAGUUAUAACAUCAAAGAAUUUUGGAAUUAGAAAGACUCAUGAGUAAUUAAGAAGGAAAUAAUAUUAAAUUGAGAGCUGAAUAUGAAAAAUUGUGUCACAUUGUUCAAGGAAGAGUGUAGAAUGCAGUUAUUGAAACCUGUAGACUCAAUCUCUAACUAGGAUGA